UACAAGACUCAAAGCUUGAGGCUAGGCUGGACCCCAAAGGACCUGCUGGUUUCCCUCCAAUCAGGCCAGCUGGAAAACAACAGGGAGGGGAAAAAAGACCAUUUCGAACAGUAAUGGAAAGGAGCUGAGGUGAGGAGCUUCCUUCUCAACAAAAUUCGCCAUUUGGGUUUGCAAACAGCCCUGGAGAAGUUGAACUGAGGAAGAGGAGGAGGAGGAAGCCGCGUUGGAGGCAGGAGCUCAAUUUCCAGAAUGUCGUCGGCCAAGAUGCUAGAAAAAAUUGUCGGCUUGGUGACCAUCCGGAACGGGACAAUCCGAGAGGGCCUGGCCGAGGCUCUGGGGACCUUCCUGCUGAUGCUUCUCGGCUUGGGCAGUGUGGCCCAGGUGGUCCUGGGGAGAAAGAACUUUGGGGAGUAUCUGAGCAUCAAUCUGGGUUUCGGAUUUGGCGUCAUGCUAGGCGUCCACGCAGCUGGUGGAAUCUCAGGGGCUCAUAUGAAUGCAUCCAUCACCUUUGCCAACUGCCUCAUAGGACGGCUGCCCUGGUACAAGCUUCCGGCGUACGUGAUUGGCCAGUUCCUCGGAUCUUUUCUGGCUUCCUCCACUGUUUUUCUUCUGUACUAUGAAGCCCUGAUGGAUUACACCGGGGGAAACCUGACUGUGACUGGGCCUACGGCUACCGCCGGGAUCUUUGCCACCUACCCGGCUCCGUACAUGUCUUUGUGGGGCGGGUUUGUAAAUGAGUUCGUUGCCACAGGUAUCCUUUUGAUCGGCGUCCUGGCUAUCAACGACACAAAGAACGCGGCCGCCCUUCAGGGCACCGGUGCCUUGAUCACUGGGCUUCUAGUCAUGGCGAUCGGCAUGUCCAUGGGAAUGAACACUGGCUAUGCCAUCAACCCUUCCAGGGACCUGCCCCCGAGGAUUUUCACGGCCAUUGCUGGAUGGGGGCCAGAGGUCUUCAGAGCUGCGAAUUGCUGGUGGUGGGUCCCUGUGGUUGCCCCAACCCUGGGGAGUUUGGCUGGAAUCUUCAUUUACAACAUUCUCGUUGACUUUCACAAUCGGCCUCGGCCCAAAUCGGAAUCGGCCUGCGAAUGCGGCGAAUGCAGGAAGGAAGACUUGGAGGCGGGAGCGACGGCUGAGGCCCAGCUGUGAAGCCGCAGCUCCCAUAAAACCGACGCUGGAGCUGCCAUCCUGUGACCAGACUGGACGCUUCUGAGCUCCCGGGUCGGACAUCAGGGAGAGCCGCCCUAAGUACUUAACGAUACAUCAGCGAAACAGAGCAACAUUUCCGAAUGACAAGGGAGGGGAAUGUUUAUAGUGGGCAGAAUGAAAGGAGGCUGGAUUGAACCAGUGUGCUGUGCCAAGCAAUUGUAUGGGAGUCGCAUCUACCACUAAGCAUUGCCAGAUAAUGUACGUGGUCUUGAAUGUCAGGAUGCCCUCAAGAGCCUUGCCAAAAUCCUUUUAGGGAAGAGUUUGCAAACUAUCGGCCGUUAAGCAGGGCAGCUUCAAAAACGAAUGGGGUAGAUACAUUCACUGCUCUGUGACCCCUAAGACCAGAGGCAAGGGGAGGGGGGGUGCCUCUCCCACGAAUACGUGGCUUCUAGCCCCUUGUCCUACCAUCUGGGCAGCGAGACUGGCCUGAGCGAAGGCAUCAGUCUGUGCCGGGAGUCCCCGAGGUAGUGGCCGUCCAGGAAGAAGGCGGCCAGCGAUAGGUAGUCCCUCUUGGGGAAACACCUUCCCCGUUCUCGAGUUAUGAUGGACAGGGCAAAAAAGGGAGGUUGUGAGGUAGCUUGGUCACUGCGUCGGCUUAGGCAGGCUGCACAAACUCAGGGCAUGUUCAGAAAAAAAGGGGAAUGAUGGCGAGUCCCCUCUUCCUAGGAAUCUCCGGGGAGAAGAGCUGGAAGUCGGAAUGGCCGUGGCAGGUCACAAUUCCAAGGUUCUUGUGUUAGACUGCGAUGUCUUGAAUUGCCGGCAAUCGAUCUCUGCCAGGUGGACCCCCUUUGCCAAGGAGAACAGCGCCUACCGCUGGUUUGCAGCUGGUCCUCAGAGGUCUGGCUUGAAAGCUUGCCCAUGAUGGGAUUCCCUUGUGGAAUCACCUGUCCAUUAGAUCUGCGGUCGGCUCUCCGAGAGGUGAUCGUUGCCAAGCGAGCCUCCCUCGUUUCUCCAACUCUGGAGUGAAUCAGGGGUGAUUUGCAGGCAGUGGACACAACUCUUGACACUGUGUUGUGGGGCUUCCAUCAGCGGCUACCACCAUGUUGCCAUCAUCCCUGCUCAUGUGUUCAGUCUAUUUUUGCCCUGCAAACUGUGACAAACAGCUGAGUGGCUGGAUUCAGGCGUGAUUUGGUCUUGGAUCUGAAUGCUAAACACUCUCCCCUGCACCUCCCCACGCCACAAGGGCACCCCACCUCCCCUGAGCAUGGCUACUUUUUCUGUGCACAUUUAUUCCAGGGAUGGGGAGCACGUGGGCCAUACGCGGUUCCCCUCUUUGGGACCUCCUCUCAAGUCACGGUUCUCCAACUGAGCACGCAAGGGCCCAGCCAGAUUUCAGCAGCUGUCAGAGAAGAGCCCGUGAAAAGCGAAAACAAAAAAAAA